AUGAUUUGGGUGUCUUUUCUUAGGAAAAAUAUUUUUGUUGAACGGCAGGAUGUGCCCGAGACGUGGUCAACGAGUUUUACGGAGGGCGACACCGCGGCGCACAAUUUUGAGGUGACGGGCUUCUCGCUGCUAGACGGCAUGGGCGCCGGCAACUUUGUCUCGUCGAGCACAUUCUUCGUCGGCGGCUGCGAGUGGGACAUCACGUUCUACCCCGACGGGUGGAAGGCGGGCGGUGGCGCCCACGCCUCCGCUUAUCUGCGUCUAUGCAAUGGAGAACUAGGGUUGCAGACCAACUACACCCUGAGUUUAUUGGGCAAGGAUGGCCAAGUGUUUGUGCAACGGAGCAUAGAACAUACCUUCCAGUCCGCAGGUAUUUUUUGGGGCUUCGAGCACUUUGUCCAGAAGUCCAAGCUGCGACGGCUGCUAUCCGACAACGAGGACUGUGUAACGAUCAGGUGUGUUUUGACUGUCAUGAGGAAGCAUGACACUUUGGCCAUCCCGGCCCCGCCGUCGAAUCUGCAAGAGGAUUUUGCAAGGAUGUUGAAGGACCAGGAAGGCGUGGAUGUAACGUUCAUCGUGGGUGACAAAUCGUUCCGUGCUCAUAGACACGUGCUGGCGGCACGAUCACCGGCCUUCAGGGCAGAGCUUUUGGACCCGACAAAGGAGGACCCUACAAAACCCGUCAAGGUUGAUGACAUGGACCCCGUCAUCUUUGAGGCGCUUCUUUAUUUCAUGUACACGGAUACGCUCCCACAUGGUUGUGAUCUUGAGAAAAACGCGACGCUGCAACAUUUGUUUGUUGUCGGAGUUCGAUAUGGCCUGGACAGGCUAGCGACGAUGUGCGAAGGGAAACUAUGCCAAAACAUAAACGAGCAAACAGUGGCAACCGCCCUAACUUUGGCAGAGUGGUAUGACCGCGUCCUUCUCAAAAAUGCUUGCAUCGCAUUUGUGUCGUCGCAGGAUGUGCUCGACGCCAUGAAGGAGACCAAUGGAUUCAAGCACCUCAUGACACGCUAUCCGGGGGUGAUGGUGGAUAUUUUGAAACAGAAUCUGCCGUCGUCAAUAGGGAAUUAG